GAAAGCUACUUUAGUCCACUAGCUCGUCAGGAUGGGUUUUGUUGUGGGAGCUCUUUUUUUGCUUUCUUUGUCAUUUGGAGCAAUUUUGACUGCCAAUGAUCCUAUGCCACCCAAAAUACCAGAAACCUUUUCCAGUUGGUACUUUUUUUUAGAUGUUGACAAUCAGAGUACUAUUAUUUCUAGUGAUGAGGGUUACAUUGCAAGGGAUGUGCUGGGAAAAAGAGCAUUGCAAACUGGUACUACAGUGAUGUCAGGCAUGUUUUAUAGCUACUCUUACCUUGACAUAUUGAACAAGAAUGCAUCAUAUGAAACAAUUUGGGAUUCGGAUGGCAACAGGACUUGUUACAUAUAUGAUAAUGAUAGUCCUGGAUUAAUGCCAAUGUGGGACUGGAUUCAAAAUGCAACGUACAUAGGCAGUGAUUUUAAUGAAGACAUCUGGAUGUAUUAUGAUGAUUCUGCCAAUGUAAGUAUGGUUGUUAGUGUACCUUCAAACAAUCCCAUUAUUCCACUGGAAUUAGAAAUAGAUGGUACAGAUGAUACUGAUGCUAGCAGUGGCACUUUUUCUGGUUUUGAUCCCAAUUAUUCACCAGUUGAUGAUGAUUUUGAUAUACCAACUGACUGCGAACCCGUUGGAAAAGGUGGUCCUCCACCUAUUCACUUUCUUCCCUACUCUCUCCACAGUUUUAGAUCAAAGGAAAAGAUUCAUCAUCAUAUGAAGAUGAAUCACAUGAAGCCUUUGCAUGGAUAUAAAAAGAUUCCAAAUAUGCUGAGGAAAAGGAUGAAAAAACUUCGUAAAUGAGCUGAACUGAAUUGAACCCUAAAAUUAUGUACUUUUGAUCUAAUUGUUCCAUAUUUGCCAGUAGCUGCGAUAGAUAGAUUUAUUUUUGCUGAAAUUAGAUCUAGAACUAGACUUUUCUAUUAUUUAAUUGUUUAUACUAUUAUGUAUGUAGUGAUUAAUGAUUUGACAUCAAUAUGAA